CUUAGUUUUUUUUAUCAACCAUCCAAAAUUCACUGGCGAUCGCAGCACUCAGAAGGACUCUUCCGCAGCAACCGUGGUCCUUGCAAUGUUUCGCAGGUUUAUAAACUUGCCGCUAAAACGACUGUGGGUCUGUCAUCAGCCCAGUCCAUUCAUCCAACCCUGGCCACUGGUCCACAGCAAUGGAUCUCCAUUUAGUCAGCAGCCAACGCCUAGCUUUUUCCAGGACGAUCAUCGGAUGUCCUACGACAUUCUCACCAACGAUCUCAGCCAUACGGGCUCUUCAUCAUCGAUAAGACAGGUUCCCCAGAAGGUCCGCAUUGUGGGCGAAGUUCACAGCCUCAAAGUCGGUGGACACAGACAGCCUGGUAACUGCCUUUUCAUCAGUCAGAAAGGACGCCUCUACCACAAGGAAUCGGGCAGGAGCAGAAGGGAAUCCCGCCCAGACGUCUGUGAACGAGCUCGGCAUUUUAGGGAAAGAUCCAAUAGCAAAGUCAGCCAUCGCCUAAGGGAACUGAUGAACGAGGGAGUUGACGGAUUAGACAAGGGAGUUGAAAAGAACAAAAAGACUGUCCGUAUGAAGAGGUCUCCCGAGGAAAAAUACUCCACGAGUCCCUCUUACACAUCAUAUUAUGAUGACCAGAAGGAAUACCUCGACUUUCAGGAACCCAAACGUACAUUCAGGAAUUUCGUUACCACGCUCAUGGCAAAGGGUAGAAAAGUGAGGCAACAAUUGCAGGAGGGAAAGGAUGCCGAUCUUCUGAGGUAUCACUCGGGAAACAAGGAUCUAAUGCAGCAUUAUCACUAUAAAUCUAAAAGGAAAAUUAUGCAAAGACAACUCAAGGCAAAGCCGCGUGCUUCAAAAGCCAAAUAUAAAGACGAUUCGAUAGAUUGGACUGUCCUCGAAGACUCAUUAAAUCCACAGAGGCAAGAUGUGAAUUCGUUGGGUAAGGAAGUAUUUGUUCCGUUAAAAACAAAAUCCAGAAGUGCUGAAAGGACAAAAGACAAAGAAAUAUCUUCCCAGGAUAAAACAGUACUCCCACAUUCAUGGGAAGUAAUAAAGGCACGUGAGGAGAAGCUCAUAAGAAAAGCCAAGAAGGAAACUAUGGGUCGCUUUCCAUCUCUAAGAGAAACUUCAGCGUUUACAACCAAGCCCGGGGAACUGAAAAACUCCAUUGACCAACAAAGUGUGAGUCAAACUAAUAAGAAAUAUAUGUGCGAUAAAUGCAAUGAACCGCAGGUGCCUUUAUCUUCUGCAGCACAGAAAUUGGAUUUUAAGAGGGUCAACAAAAAUAUCAUGGAAUCAGGCUCCCACGAUUCCGGAGGUCAGAAAAACGAGUCAGGACUUAAAGUGAUCGAGCCGGGGAGUCAAAAACCUAUGGGCUUCCAUGACAUUUGUAAGAACAGAAUUCAAAAACAAUCGGAUAAUAGUUCAGAAAAGAAAGAAUGUAAAACUGGUACGAAACCCAAUACUACGAAAUCUAUUUUAAUAACACCUUGUCCACGUUCGGAUAUUGCAAACUUGGAUAACCCAUCACGAUCACCAAACAAGGAUUUCCACAAAAAAUGCAUAGAUUCUAAGAAAGAAAACGACGUCUCAAAGAUUUUUGUCAUGUUAGAUGAUAAGGACAAGCUGAAAUUUCGAGUAGCAGAGCUAAUGGCUAGGUGUAUGUUCCUGGUGGAGAAAAGAACGCAACAGGAUUCGGAAGGUAGUUCAAUGUGCAAUGGUCAUGUGGAGGAUAAGGACAAUGUUAAUCAAUUAGUUGCUAAUUUCUGGAGGCAUUACACGCAGUGUUGUGAGAAAACGGAUGUUUCAUCAUCAAUGUUGGGAAACACGGGAAAAGGCAUAUUAGACAAAGUAGAUAUUAUUAUUAAGGAGUGCACUCACAUAAAGGAGGUGAUCGAAGGGCUGUCUCUGAAGAACCAAUGUAUUAAAGAAGGCCUUAGCCAAAGCAUUGAAGAAGAAUUCUACAAAACGAAGGCUAAGCUAGAAAAAAUGAGUGCAAAUGAGAAACUUGAACCAAAAUCUAAAAAACCCGUUCCCAAACGAAGCAGCGCCAUUGAGUCUCUAAAGCAAAAAUGUCAAGAAAGAAAGAAUGUUUUUAAAGACUUACUAAAAAAGAUGUCUCUAGAGUGCAAAACGUCUGAUAAAUACGAGCAAGACCUUCUGUUAAAAAUGAAACUUGUAAUAGAAGAAUUGCAAAAAAAGUUAGCAGAAGACAAGCAAAGCAGUAAGAGUAAUGAAAAGAAUCCAUUAUCUGAAAAUAAAUUAUCAGAAGAAGAAUUAAAAACUAAAUGUGCUGAAGAAGAACUGAAGAAAAAGUGUGCAAUUAAAGAAUUAAAAAGAAAAUGUGCUGAAGAAGAACUGAAGAAAAGGUGUGCCAUUGAAGAAUUAAAGGAGAAGUGUGCUGAAGAGAAGCUAAGAGAGAUGUGUGCAAUAGAGGAUCUAAAAGAAAAAUGCGCAGAAGAAGAAUUGAAGGAAAAAUGUGCAGAAGAAGAAUUAAGGAAGAAAUGCGCUGAAGAAGAAUUAAAGAAGAAAUGCGCAAAAGAAGAAUUAAAGAAGAAGUGCGCUGAAGAAGAGUUAAGAAACAAAUGUGCAGAAAGUGAACAUAAGGAAAAGAGCGCAGAUUUAAAAGAAAAAAGUGUAUUAGAAGAAUUUAGGGAUCUUUGUGCAAAAGAAGAAUUCAAGCAAAAGUGCGCGAAAGAAGAUUUUAGGGUCAAAUGUUCGGAAGAAAAACUGAAAGAGGGAUGUGCGUUGCACGAGAAGCAAAGGCAAUACGAAGAAUUCUCCCUAAGAAAGAGAUGUGCUGAAUUCGCCCUAAAGAAGAAGUGUGAAAAUAAUAAUAAGGGAGACAAGUUUAUAGAUCUAUUGGGACCCCCGAAGAAAUGUUCGGAUGAUGAUUCUAAAAAGAAAAGUGCCGAUGAAAAGUCCAAGGAGAAGUUGAACGAAAAUGAUCACAAUCUCAGCAUAUUAGGAAAACUGAAAAAGAAGGUUGGACUUACUGGAAAGGGUAAUGCAAAUAUGAAUAAGUUUACAUCGACAAAAGCCCAUAAAUGGUAUGAGUCCUUUGGCAGACGGAAAAUAUCCGUAGAAGGGGACAUUCCAAGCUGGCAGGAAACGAAUAAAGUAAGGAAGUGGCUUUUUAAACAAAGUGAACGGGGACUUGUAAAGAAGUUCUGGGACAAGGAGUACAAGGCGAAGCGAAGCAAGGAACUUCAACGGAGAAAAAACUCAGAGCUCGAAAGGUUAGGCUUAGGAAUCUUCGUGAGAUCUGUCCUUUCAAGACCCAGGAGAAGGCCACUUCGAGGAUUGGAAGACAACCACUGUAUGGAUUACAGGGAGCGGUUUUUCAAUCCUCGUCAGUGGCCUUUAUUUUCCGUGCUUGCCCCUCUGAACUACCAAACUUUGCGACGGAGUCCUCUGCUGGAGACCAACUUCUUCAUUCGCCAAUUGCUUCCCGACCUGAAACCACUGGCCAUCAAUGAUUACCUGGGUGUGUACUGGCUCCAUCGCAUAGCUUCUUCUAGCCCUUUCGGUAAGCGGGGUUACAAAAGGGACGAUCCCUGCAGGGGUUCGUCCACUUUGUAUCCCUUUGCUGAAACUAGUAGAAUGAGUUCCAAAGAUGAGCGCCAGUAAAAGAAUAAUCAGAAAAAACGAAAGUGCGGAGAGAUCUAGAUGAGGUGCUACACUGUGAUGACGCCAACUUACAAAUACAAUUAAUAAAUAAACUGUAAAUAAACAACAAUAUAACACUCGAUUUGAAUGAAACAAAAUUAAAGCAAAACUACUUGAUAAGAGAGGUUCACAAGACCCAGAAAUGCAAAUUUUAUAGCCGUUUUCUAAUAUUACUUCAUGAAUAAAUAUAUGGAGUGCA